CUGUGUCGUCAGGCUAUUUUGUGCACCAUAAAAAACGGGACCAUUUUCUUUUAUCUCUGCAUAUAUAGAUGGUUCGUUGGCCGAUUAGAGAAUUAUUCACCUCAAGAAAAUAAUUUUCACCUUAAAAUCAUUUUAUGGUUUUAUUUUACCGAAUCUACGAGCAUAACAACACAUGUAUUGAUGACGUAGUACACAUCAACAUCUGUUGUACAUUUUCUGAGCUGGAGCAAGAAGACGGAGGUUGCCACGUCUAGAGCCUCGAAUUUGGCUGCAAAAUGCCGAGCAACGAAGGCGGGCAGGGCAACAGGGACAGGAAGCUGGUAUCAGGGCCUUCCUUGGUACACUCCUUCACCAGAUUUAUCAACAAGAGCGAGCGCUGUGCGGAUAUAAUCUGGAUUGACUACGAGGGGAAGAGAGUGACUUACACCACCGACCUCAGACCGGGCGAGUUUUUCGAUGUAAACACCUUCGUGGGGCAUCCUUGGAUUUUCAGAGACAGUAUUUCGAGAGACAAGCUCACGGUCAGAUGUAAGGAGGUGUACUUUCCUACACCUUGGAACGGAGACUGGCCACCACAGAGGACAACCAUCAACAUUGGCAUACCAGUGUACACAUUACGAGAACGUUGCUCGCAGGUCAUCAGACGGCUGGUGCCAAGGUCGCAGUAUGACCUUCUGGAGAUUCCCAAGACUCUCAAAUUUGAGCUGGACGAAGUGGACGAUGCAAUAAGAAUCUCAUGAAGACAUGAAGACAUGACAUCCCAACAACAUCCUGUCUAUGUGUGACAAUGGAAACAGGAAGCUUCAACAAUUCUUGUGAUUGUCCUGUAUGCACAGAACAAUGAAAACAGGAUGUGAUAAGUUAACAGCAUCCUGUGUGCGCCCAACAAGGGAAUCAUCCCUCCGAGUUCUGCACUGUGAGAUCAAUAUGUCAUGAGUACAUCUACUCUAGAUGUGAUUUUGAACUUAUAAUUGGUUAAUGCAUAUUGAUUGAAUGAUUUGUCAGUAUUUGUAAUACAUUGUACAUGUAUUUAAUUGAUAUUGUAUCAGUGAGUGUUAUUGUAAGAAGGCUUAGUUAAAUACCACCUGCAUUUGCAGGUUAGUGCAGGUAAAAUUGGAGCUGUGCUGGUAUUUCUGAUGUCUACCUGUUCCUAACCUGCACUAGUCCAAGUACUAGGCUUAUACACAAAUGUAGGUGUAUGUGGAGAAUUUUAUUUGCUCUCCUUUGAAGUCGAAAAGAAAUAAUGUCAUGGCUUUUAGUAUGAUCCAUACUUUCUAAAUUCUGAGUAGUGCAGGUAAUUUUCAAUUGUUACCUGCACCAGUGCAGGUAUGCAGAAAAAAAUAUUCAAGCCUUGUAAAAGUACAUGUAACUAAGUAUUUCUUUGAACCUGUUGCAGGUACCACAUAUGAAGUAUUACAUGUUAGUGUGUGACAGUGUCUAUUUAGAAAGUUGGUUUGGCACUUACCGGUAUGACUUACUAGUAUUUUGGUUCUUUCUAAAGAUUAUAAACCCUCACUGGUCACACGUCACAAAGGAUGAUAUUCCUUGGAAGCACAAAGAGAUGAUCGUUGCAAGAGGGUUGGCAAUAUUUCUUCUUUUUUUUCUUAAGUCUGGAAUUAUUUAGUCAGUGAUGUUAAUGUAAAUCAGGAGCUAUGUUGUAUGGUCCUCCAUGGUAAGUCUGGUGGAUAUCCAGUCAAAGCAUAGGUGGUAGGUUUACCAAAUUUUUGUUGAAAUCGGUGUUGCUUUACAAACCCUGUAUGAACUUGGUUUACUGAUUCAUAUCUACUGCAUACUCAAUCUGCUGAAAAAAUACACUAAACACAAAGUUUGUACUUGGUGUACUGAAAAUUCACCCCACCUUAAGUUGUCCUUCUACAUGUGGGCAUACCGAUUAAGACACUACACAUGUACUCAAAGGGGUCCAGAAGUUUGAAAUUGUUGCACAUAAUGCAUAUGCUUGAAGGUUGUGACUUAUAACUAUAGUGUUAGCCCACCAAAGUCAAAUCAUCCAGGUUUUCUCUCAACAUUAAAACUUCUCAUAUCCUGUACAGAGACUGAUGCACAACAGUUGUAACACUUACAGUGUGCUGUAGACAUCAUGACUGUGUGUGUGUGGCAAGGUCCCAGAUUUGUCUAAACAACAUAAUAUAUGAGAUACCUAUACCAUAGAUUUAGCCUGGAUGCCAGCCUCUUUACUUUUAAUAUGCGCCCCUAGUCGCUUUCCUGUCAAAAAGACUCAGCCCAUUUGUUCAGGAUUUGAACAGGUGCUCUGAUUGGCCAAACCAGAGCAGGGGUAUACAGGGUUAUCCAAUCAGCAGAGGCCCCAUCCACGCAGCUUGUGACAGUUGUCAAUUACAUAUAUAAAGCUAGAAAGGCUGUCAUCCAGGCUAAUGUAGAUGUAAAGGUAAAGCUGAAGACAAACAGAUAUCUUACUAAGCCAGGAUGUGUCAAUAUGGUAUGCAAUACAACACCAGUGUGGCUUAUAGAGACAUGUUAUUCAUUAAGGCCAUUUGAUUGAUUGUACAUUGUUGUUGCCAAUGAAUUGACUCGUUAUUACAUUGUAUCAUUUAGACAAUCUGCAGUUAUUGUUGUUGUUGUUUUUUUUUUCAAGGAAAAUGUGUGCUUCAGUUCUUGAAAUGAUGAGUAAAGGAAUAUUCUAG